CUGUCACACCCCCCACACUCCUCUCCUGUACAUACCGAUCCCACUGUCACACCCCCCACACUCCUCUCCUAUGUACAUAAUGCCCACUGUCACACCCCCUACACUCCUCUCCUGUACAUAGUGCCCACUGUCACACCCCCCCACACUCCUCUCCUGUACAUAGUGCCCAUGUCACACCCCCACACUCCUCUCCUGUACAUAGUGCCCACUGUCACACCCCCACACUCCUCUCCUGUACAUAGUGCCCAUGUCACACCCCCACACUCCUCUCCUGUACAUAGUGCCCAUUGUCACACCCCCCACACUCCUCUCCUGUACAUAGUGUCCACUGUCACACCCUCCACACUCCUCUCCUGUACAUUGUGCCCACUGUCACACCCCCCACACUCCUCUCCUGUACAUAGUGCCCACUGUCACACCCCCCACACUCCUCUCCUGUACAUAGUGCCCACUGUCACACCCCACACACUCCUCUCCUGUACAUAGUGCCCACUGUAAUACCUCCUACACUCCUCUCCUGUACAUAGUGCCCACUGUCACACCCUCCACACUCCUCUCCUGUACAUAGUGCCCACUGUCACACCCCCCACACUCCUCUCCUGUACAUACUGAUCACUGUCAUACCUCCACACUCCUCUCCUGUACAUACCGAUCACUGU